AGCAAUUGCAGGAGAGCAUAUAAGUUCUUUGUUUUCUGUUGCCAAAAAACAAUACAGAAAUACAAAAAGUGGCAACAUUAAUUUUCUACAACAAAAAUUCUUCCUUGUUUAGCUUGUUGCCAUGAUUUCUCUGGCUGAUGUUUACCAUGUUUUGGCUGCAACUGUCCCAUUAUAUGUUGCCAUGAUGCUGGCUUAUGUCUCUGUGAAAUGGUGGAAACUGUUUUCCCCAGAUCAAUGUGCAGGCAUAAACAAGUUUGUUGCCAAAUUUUCAAUCCCUCUAUUGUCAUUCCAAGUGAUUGCAAAUAACAAUCCUUAUAAGAUGAACCUCAAGCUCAUAUAUGCUGACUUUCUGCAGAAACUAUUGGCCUUUUUAGUGCUUGUAGCAGUCACAAAAAUCAGUUCUAGAGGGGGUUUAAGGUGGAUCAUAACAGGCCUUUCUUUGUCGACACUGCCGAAUACUUUAAUCCUGGGAAUUCCAUUGUUGAGAGCUAUGUAUGGUGAUGCAGCUGCUGAUCUCCUUGCUCAAAUAGUUGGCUUGCAGAGCUUGAUUUGGUAUAAUAUUUUGUUGUUUCUUUUUGAGCUUAAUGUUGCGAAAACUGCUGCUGUUACUCCAAAUCCUGAACCCACAGAAGAGGAACCAGAGGCAGCACAUGAAUCGCAAUCAAAAGAGGGGGAAUCAGAGGAAGCUCAGAACAGAACAGCUAGGAGGAAAUUUGGAACCAUGCACAUUCUCUUGACAGUAGGAAGAAAGCUCAUAGCCAACCCCAAUACACAUGGAACUAUACUAGGUCUCAUUUGGGCUAGUAUUCAGUUCAGGUGGGGAGUGAGAUUGCCAGCAAUUAUAGAUAAAUCAAUACAGAUAUUGUCUAGUGGAGGACUAGGAAUGGCAAUGUUCAGUUUAGGACUUUUCAUGGCAACAAGGCCAAGCAUAAUAGCCUGUGGGACGCGAUUGGCAGCAGUGGCUAUGGCACUGAAGUUCCUUCUAGGACCUGCUGUAAUGGGAGCAGCCUCUCUUGCUUGUGGACUGAGGGGCAAACUGUUUAAAGUGGCAUUUGUCCAGGCUGCUCUUCCUCAAGGAAUUGUCCCCUUCGUUUUCGCUAAAGAGUACAAUGUUCAUCCAGAUGUAUUAAGCACAGGGGUUCUUUUUGGCUUGGUCAUAGCCUUGCCGAUAGCAUUGGCAUACUAUUUCCUGUUAGCAUUGUAAAAUGCUAAAGAAAUUAGCAACACAACAUUAAAAGAAGAUCAUUUGCUGCAGUUUCAUGCUGAAGUAUUAAAAGAAGAACAUUAGUUGUAGAAGUGAAGUCUUAUUCAGUUUAUUCAAAUUUCUUUGUUCCACACGUAAACGUGAAUGCAAGACAUUUUCAUUUCUUUUUUCCUUUUUUUACCCUUCCCCCCCUGCCAAUAGGACAUGUACAAUAAUCAUACAGUGAAAGUAUAAAAGCUUAUGAAAUGAUGAACAAAACAAGUUAUGAAUAAACCUUCAGUCUUCAUUUGAAAAUA